CUGUCUGACUGGAGAGACAGGAAAGAGGGGGCCAUCCCAGUAAAUCCGCGUAAAUGGCGUAAAUAUGUCGUUUCUUAUGCCAAUCCUGACGUGAAAUCUGGAUACCAGAAUUCGUAGAUUAUCAAUAAACAGGUAGAAAACAAACACGCACAAUGCCGCCUAAAAAAACAUCGGCGCCAAGCAAAAAGGUGGAGGCGAAGAAAAAGGAGAAGGUUAUCGAGGACAAAACUUUUGGUAUGAAAAACAAGAAAGGUGCCAAGCAGCAAAAAUUCAUUCAACAAGUAGAAAAACAAGUAAAGUCUGGGGGCCUUAAUCCACGCAAGGUCGACGAUCCCAAUGCUAAAAAAUUAGAAAAAGAAAAGAAAUUGAAGGAACAGCAGGAGUUAGCCCUGAUAUUUAAACCAGUCCAGACCCAGAAAGUUGAAAAGGGAAUCGACCCGAAGUCCGUGAUAUGUGCAUUUUUCAAACAAGGACAAUGUACGAAAGGAAACAAGUGCAAGUUCUCUCACGACUUGACCAUAGAACGAAAGGCAGAAAAGCGUUCGCUUUACUGCGACAUGCGAGAUGAUGAUGAGGAUGAUAAGGCAGCUGAUACUAUGGAUAAAUGGGAUGAAGAAAAACUGAAGGAAGUUGUAGAUUUGAAACACGGGGCUGCAACAGCGAAUCGGCCAACGACUGACAUUAUUUGUAAACAUUUCUUGGAGGCAGUUGAAAAGGCAAAGUACGGUUGGUUCUGGGAAUGUCCGUCGGGGUCAAAAUGUAUCUACAGACAUGCUUUGCCUGCUGGAUUCGUUCUUAAGAAGGAUAAGAAGAAAGAUGACAAGAAGGAUGAAAUUUCAUUAGAGGAUCUCAUAGAAAGAGAAAGAGCUAAUUUGGGACCAAGCCAGACGAGAAUAACAUUGGAGAGUUUCCUGGCGUGGAAGAAGAGGAAACUAAAGGAGAAGAAGGAACAAGCAAUCAAGGAUGAGGAAAAGAAACGAAGCGACCUCAAAGCUGGUCGUCAAGUUGGAAUUUCUGGAAGGGAAAUGUUCUUUUUCAAUCCGGAACUCGCUACUGGAGAUGGUAUGGAUGAAGGUGAUGAGGCGAUUGCUAGUUACGUUCGCGAUGAAGAUGAAGAUUCAGAUGGUAUUGAGUAUAAAGAAUUGGACGUAGAUAGGCUUGCUUAUGAAGUUGAAGACGUUGAUAGUGCUGGUAUUACAAUCGCGAAAGAAGAUCGGCUGAAGAGUAACAACCUUCCGGAAACGAAUCACGAAGAUUCUGUGACGGUCCUGGGAGAAGGUGCUGCAGCUUUAGCAAUUAACGAGAACCUCUUCACGGAAGAAGACCUGGAAGGGCUGGAGGAAGAAUUAGGGGACCUGGACUUGGAGGAGUGAUCCAGAUGUCCCCUUUUCACUCUCCUCGAUUCAAAACCCUUCCUGAUACUCGUAUCCAAAAGUACUAUCUCUUCGAUUAUUCAGUUUUCGUUUAGAAAUCGACGCAUGUCGAUCGGCUGCGUUCAUGUAUAUUCCGCUCAGUACAUCUUAAAUAACUUAUUAUCAGAGAAGUGGAACUAUUCAAUAAGUAGGAGAUGUUUAUAAAUGGGUACAUAAUAAAUCUGAUGAAUUUGGAAUUGUGGUUUAGGCUAUCCUAGAAGUUGAUUCAAAUCGUUAGUUAUUUAUUCAAUUUUCGGUUUGUAAGAAUAUUAGGAAAGUCAAUUGUAAUCACAAACUAUCCAACUGCAUGAAUUUUUAAACUGCUCCGUUCUGUGCCGUGAUCGAUGUGAUCGUAUUACAAACUUAAUACGCCGUUUACAAUAGACUUGGAACUUACGGUUAAAAUAUUUUUAUCAUGAACCUCUCCCAAUCUCUUUUUAAGUAAAAGUUAAAUAAAAUGAUAUUAGAUAAU